CAGGAUGUGUGACCAACACUCAUUGGAUCAACCAUAUGUGCUGUAUCGGCGAACAACGAGGCUGAACAUUGUGGAUAAAAAAAGCAAGGAGAAUGGGGAAGAAACAGAAAAAGUCAGGCGAAGACAGUGCCAAAGACGAUGGCAUCGACCUUGAUGCCCUAGCAGCAGAAAUCGAAGGCGCGGGAGCCUCCAAGGAACAAGGUAAAGGAAAAGCCAAGAAGAAGAAAGACAAAAAGAAAGAGGAAUUUGAUGAAGAUGACAUCCUGAAAGAGCUGGAGGAACUGUCUCUUGAAACCACGGGAGCUAAAGGCAGCAAGAAACCAGACGCCACAGACGAGCCGGAGAGUGCCGCCGAGCCGCCGCCGCCCACCAAAGCAGAGAAGAAGAAGACGCGGAAGGGCAAGCGAGCCAGCCUGGAGGAUGACGACGGGGAAGACGAAGAGGUUUCGGGUACGGGUCACGUGGGAAAGGAGGACAAGCAGAAGGACAAGACGACGUCUGCUGCCCCCGCUGCUGCUGCUGCUGGCUCAGACUCCGAGGACGAGGCCUCACGGACCCGGAGGAAACCUAAGGCAGGGAAGAAAGGAGGCCGCAAGGAGGCCUCGGACGAGGAAGAGGAGGAUGAGGAUGGAGGUGCGAGGAAAGGGGGGGGAGGAGGGGAGGAUGAUUCAGACGAUGACGGCUCGGUGGACGCGUCGCAGGCCGGAAAGAAAGGCAAGAAGAAAGGUAAAGCCAAGGCAGACGAUGAAGAGGAGGAAGAGGAGGAGGGAACCUUCAAGAUGAAGACGGCCGCUCAGAAGAAAGCAGAGAAGAAGGAGAGAGACCGCAAGAAGAAAGAGGAGGACAGGGCUAAGCUGAAGAAGCAGAAAGAGAAGGAGGAGGAGAAAGAGGGGAGUACUGAGGUGGCAGCAGUGCCUAAGAAAGAGAAAGAGGUAGUGAAGAAGAGUGAGCCAGCGGCCCCAGCUCCAGCAGCAGAGACGGAGGCAGCAGCAGAGAUUGAAGAUCAGGAAGGGGCUGAUCCUCAAGGAGAGGCUGCCGAUGAGGUGCUUGAAACAAUUAAUGAAGAGGAAGGGGGAGACAAGAAGGGCAAGAAAGACAAGAAGAAGAAGAAGGGGGACAAGGAGAAAGAGGAGAAGAAGAAGGGACCCAGCAAGGCCACAGUGAAGGCCAUGCAGGAGGCUCUGGCUCGCAUGAAGGAGGAAGAGGAGCGCGCCCAGAAGGAGGAAGAGGAGAACCUGCGUCGCCUGGAAGAGCAGGAGGCUCAGAGACUGGAGCAGGAGCGCUUGGAACAGGAGCGCAAGGAGAAGAAGAAACAGAAGGAGAAGGAGAGGAAGGAGAGGCUGAAGAAGGAGGGCAAACUGCUGACCAAAGCCCAGAAAGAGGCCCGGGCCAGGGCUGAGGCCACACUUGAACUACUGAAGGCCCAGGGUAUUGAAGUGCCAUCCAAAGACGACUCGGUGCCAAAGAAGAAGCCAGUGUACGGAGACAAGAGGAAAAAAGAAACCCCACAAGCACAGACUCCUGAAGGUAACAGCCUCUUCCAAUCCACGUCAAAUACCUUUCCAACUGCAAAAUCAUUGAUCUAUUCAUUCGUUUGUGCCUCAUCCCUCAUUCCUCCUCUUCCCCGGUCAGAGACCUCAGAGGUAGAGCAGAAAGCUGAGUCUGCAGUUGAUGACUGGGAGGCUAUCGCUGAGACCAUCGACCAGGACAAAGAGCUGAAGAAGGUCCACAUUGAGGUGAAGCCAGAGACGCCAAAGCAGCCCCAACAGAAACCCUCGUCACAGCCGGAGGAAGAGGAGGACGAUGAGGACGAGGAGGAAGAGGAUGAUGAGGAGGAGGAGGAGAGUGAGGAGGAGGAGGAGAAGGAGAGUCAGCCUCACGCACCGCAGCAGGCCCCAGCCACAAAGAGGAAGGGAGGGAAGGAGAGCUCAGAGUCCAGUAGUGACAGCGACUCAGACGAUGAUCUCACUAAAGAGGAGCGGAUCUACGACAAGGCCAAGAAGCGUAUUGAGAAACGUCGAGCAGAGAACAUAAAGAACAUCAACCUGGACAAGCUCCGCUCCCCCGUGGUCUGUGUACUGGGCCACGUAGACACAGGCAAGACCAAGAUCCUGGACAAGCUGAGGCAUACUCACGUACAGGACGGAGAGGCAGGAGGGAUCACCCAACAGAUCGGAGCCACUAACGUACCUCUGGAGGCCAUCGUGGAGCAGACCAAGAUGGUGAAGAACUUCAACAACGAGGCCAUUAAAAUCCCAGGAAUGCUUAUCAUCGACACCCCAGGCCACGAGUCUUUCAGUAACCUGAGGAACCGGGGCAGCUCUCUGUGUGACAUAGCCAUCCUGGUGGUGGACAUCAUGCACGGUCUGGAGCCUCAGACCCUGGAGUCCAUCAACCUGCUCAAGGAGAAGAAGUGUCCCUUCAUCGUAGCACUUAACAAGAUUGACCGUCUGUAUGACUGGAAGAAGAGUCCGGACACAGACGUGGUGGCCACACUGAAGAAGCAGAAGAAGAACACCAAGGAUGAGUUUGACGAGAGGGCCAAAGCUGUCAUCGUGGAGUUCGCACAGCAGGGUCUGAACGCAGCCCUCUUCCAUGAGAACAAGGACCCUAGGACCUUUGUGUCUCUGGUGCCCACGUCGGCCCACUCCGGGGACGGCAUGGGCAACCUGAUCGCUCUGCUGGUGGAGCUCACCCAGACCAUGCUAGCACGCCGCCUGGCUCACUGCGACGAGCUCAGGGCUCAGGUCAUGGAGGUGAAAGCCCUGCCUGGUAUGGGCACCACGAUAGAUGUGAUCCUGAUCAAUGGGGUUCUCCGGGAGGGAAUGACCAUCAUCGUCCCGGGGGUGGAGGGACCCAUCGUCACCCAGAUCAGGGGGCUGCUGCUGCCUCCACCCAUGAAGGAGCUCCGGGUCAAGAACCAGUAUGAGAAACAUAAGGAGGUGUCUACAGCCCAGGGAGUGAAGAUCCUGGGGAAAGACCUGGAGAAAACCCUGGCAGGGCUCCCCCUGCUGGUGGCCCACAAGGAGGACGAGGUGGCCGUGCUCAGGGAUGAGUUGGUGCGGGAGCUGAAACAGACGCUGAACUCCAUCAAGCUGGAGGAGAAGGGUGUGUACGUCCAGGCCUCCACCCUCGGAUCCCUGGAAGCCUUGCUCGAGUUCCUACGAGUGUCCAAAGUGCCUUACGCUGGCAUCAACAUCGGUCCAGUUCACAAGAAAGACGUGAUGAAAGCUUCCACUAUGCUGGAGCAUGACCCACAGUAUGCAACGAUCCUGGCGUUUGAUGUGAAGGUGGAGAGGGACUCCCAGGAGAUGGCUGACAGUCUGGGGGUGAGGGUGUUCAGUGCUGAGAUCAUCUACCACCUGUUUGAUGCCUUCACCAAGUACAGAGAGGACUACAAGAAGGCCAAGCAGGACGAGUUCAAACACAUUGCGGUGUUCCCCACUAAGCUGAAGAUCCUGCCUCAGUUCAUCUUCAACUCUAGAGACCCCAUCGUCAUGGGAGUCAACGUGGAGGCUGGGGUCCUCAGACAGGGAACCCCACUCUGUGUGCCCAGCAAGGGGUUUGUGGACAUUGGCAUCGUGACCAGCAUUGAGAUCAACCACAAGAUGGUGGACAGUGCCAAGAAGGGCCAGGAGAUCUGUAUAAAGAUCGAACCGAUCCCUGGAGAGGCACCCAAGAUGUUCGGCCGACACUUUGAGGCCACCGACAUCCUCGUCAGCAAGAUCACCAGAGCGUCCAUCGAUGCCCUGAAGAACUGGUUCAGAGACGAGAUGGGUAAAUCUGACUGGCAGCUUAUCAUGGAGCUUAAGAAGACUUUUGAAAUCAUCUGAACGGAAGAACGGAGACACACCUUCAUGUCUUCAGGAGGCCGCAGCACAUUUACACACACACACACACCACUGAUCACGUGACACCUGAUCAAAGACACACACACACACUUAUUCAUCACACCCACGUAUGCACACAUCCAUAAACGGUGAGAGCAGUGCAGUGUCGCACUUUUCCCCUCUCCCCCAUCCCCUCUCCUCUUUGGUGGGCGGGGGAGUGUAUUGUUAGAGGGAAAGAAAGUGUUUUUCUGUGAGAAACCAAACUAUUUCCCGCUGUUAACAGUGACAGUUUAGACAGCGUCGACACACACACUAUUCCAACGUGCCUGUUGUUUGGAAUCAUCUUGAGUUGUAUUUUUCAUUUCGCCUCUCUCUCGCUCUCCCCAUCCGGCUGCUCGAGCCCUGUCCCCUGUAAUCACUCUGCUGUUCAGGCUGGGGUGAGUAGGAGUGAAGAGAGCUGGGUCGGGCGUCACCUGCGCCACAGAUCUACAGAAUUCAGCAAACUGGGUUUGACAAGUUUCCGUGGGUGCCAUGUUGGCACCGGAAGUCCCAAGACAAUGACAUUCCACUGAGAAUGCAAAUGACAGCCUUAUUGUUAUGACAUGUUGGGUGCCAACAUGGAAGCUAGUUUGCUGAACUCUUUAUAUCUAUCAUGGCUCAGGGGGAGAUGUGAGCCAAAGGCCUGAGCGAAUUAGAGGAGGGGGGCAGCAUUCUUACCAUAAGUUUUAGACUUCUGAAUAAUAUUACCUUGUCAGUGUUUUCUAUUUUCUUGAAUGCAGUUAUUUUAUGGUCCUUUUAAAAAGCCCCUCCCUCUCUGACAUCACCACCACCCAUCACCAGCCCCCCUGCCAAUGCAGCUCGACUGGUGCCUACGGACGUUUCUUUACAAUGAAUGAACUAGGUGACAAAAUAGGCAAGCCCUCUCUACUUGAGUUCGAUAUGUGAAAGAUAAUACAAUUCUACAUCAAUAAAGAAAUGUCAUAUUUAUAAAAGUCGCAAACCCUGCCCCCUCUGCCUUGUAUAUUUUCGAUAAUGUUAUGAAUGGAAUAUGCAUUGAAUUCAAUUCUAUGAAAAAUAAAGCUUAAGUGCUACUUC